AAUAAAUAAUUCCAGCAAAAGAAUGAAACUUUGCAACAUGCUGAUGCAGAAUUUACCUCGAUGUUUUAAUUAUUAAUUCCCUCUAACUAACAGAAGUAAAAAAAUCUUGAUAUUAUUCUUGAAUUGAUUGAUGAAGCAAAACAGGAAUUUGGCUCGUUGGCAAAGAAAAGGGCGCAUCUGGAAAAAAGUUGGGAUUUAUUUAUUUAUUUUUGUAAACUGUUUUAAUUCCACUUUUCUGCAUUUAUAAAAAGGCAAGAGGGAGUUUUUUUAAUACUUUUAAACAGAUACAAAAAUUCUUAUUUCUUCAAAUUCAAUAACUGCACAUGCAUUUGUGUAGCUUUGACGUGGAGAUUAGUAAAGAAUUGCUUUAUUAAUUCUUCUGCAAUUAAUGCUGCUGAGUAAAUAGCACAGAACCCUAGGCUAAAUCUAUGUUCUUGCUUUUUUCUUAUCUUUUUUCAUACUAUUUCAAUUAUUUUUGAAAUAGAAGUUGUUCAUGAUUUUCUUUUCCAUGGAGACCCUUUUCAGAGUACAACACCUCCACUGCAGCAUUGCUUGUACUUCAACUCAAGCUCUUCAGACAUUGAGUAUUUGAGUAGCUGGGUUUUAUGUAUGCUGAAGCAGCAACAGAGCUCGACUGCUUUGCUUCAGCAACGUCGUUGUAAUGGAAACUCGGAGGCUGCUGUGGUAUAUGGCUUUGGCCUUUUCACUAGUUUUGAUGGUUCAGUAUAUUAAGCUCCCAUAUGGCUAUGUUAUGUCAUCUUUACUAUCUAUUGGCAAAUCUGGAGUAGCAUCAGCAGGCAGUUUCUCGAUUAAUGAGACGGGGAGUUCAGCCAACCCGGUUUUUUCUGGUGGCCCGUCUCAGAAUGUGACAAACUUGUUGGGUGAAAGGAAGCCAGAGACGAGCAAUGAUCAUGUAGUUGAGCGUUCGUCUAAUGACUUUUUGGAGAUGAACCUCUCCAACAAGAGCUUGGCUGCAGAACCGGGUGGGGAGCAGCUCGUGCACGAGCUACCAGAAUCGAGCUACACUACUGUGAAAAAUUCCACAGCGGAUAGCCUUCAAGGCACAGAUGCAGUUCCUUCAUCUAUCAUAGACGAAGAGAGAGCUUCGCCCUCCCACGCCAUGUCUCCAGCAAGGGAGAGGCCUAGUUUGAGACACGGCCAGCUUUCAACCGAGGUUAACAGUUCGGCCAUUAGAAGGGCUCCUAGGUCGGCUAGGCUCAAGGGAUCGCCUGCUGUGGUUGUGCCCAUAUCUGAGAUGAAUGAUCUGCUGAGGCAGAGCCGUGUCUCGUAUCAUUUGAUGAAUGCUCGGUGGCCUUCACAGGCAGACGAGGAAUUGCUGAACGCGAAGAGGCUGAUAGAGAGCGCGGAUUCUGUCAAGAAGAACCCCCGUGUUGAUGUUAGCAUUUACAGGAACUUCUCUGCAUUUACAAGGAGCUAUGAGUUGAUGGAGCAGACGCUAAAGAUUUACAUAUACAGCGAAGGCGAGAGGCCCGUUUUCCAUGAACCCAAGCUCAAUGGGAUAUACGCCUCGGAGGGAUGGUUCAUGAAACAGCUGCAAGAAAGCAAGCAUUUUGUGACCAAGAAUGGCAACAAAGCCCAUCUCUUUUACUUGCCCUUCAGCUCGCACGUGCUGCAGGAGGUUCUCUACGUGCCCGGCUCCCACAGUCGCAAGAACUUGGUCCGGUAUCUGAGCAGCUACCUCAAGAACAUCACGAGCACGCACCGUUUCUGGGACAGGACCAACGGGACUGACCAUUUCCUCGUUGCCUGCCACGAUUGGGCGCCUGCAGAGACGGGCCGGAUCAUGAGCAACUGCAUUAGGGCUCUGUGCAACGCGAAUGUGAUGGGAGGGUUCCGUUUCGGGAGAGACGUGUCCCUACCCGAAACAUACGUGAGAAACGCCAUGAGCCCUCUCAAGGACCUCGGAGGGAAGCCACCCUCCCAACGCCACGUGCUAGCCUUCUUCGCAGGGAAGAUGCACGGCUACCUCCGCCCCCUUUUACUCGACUACUGGGAGGGGAAGGACCCGGACAUGAAGAUCUCCGGGAAGCUGCAGAAGGGGAAGGAUCGGACGAGCUACGCUCAGUACAUGAAGAGCAGCAAGUACUGCAUCAGCGCCAAGGGGUACGAGCCCUACACCCCUCGUGUCGUGGAGGCCAUCUUCUACGAGUGCGUGCCCGUGAUCCUGUCGGACAACUACGUCCCUCCGUUCUUCGAGACCCUCGACUGGGAGUCCUUCGCCGUGUUCAUACUCGAGAGGGACAUUCCCAACUUGAAGAAGAUCCUUGAAUCCAUCCCAGAAAAGAGGUAUGUUGAGAUGCAGCAAAGGGUGAGGUUGGUGCAGAAGCAUUUCCUUUGGCAUGAUAAGCCUAUGAAGUUUGAUAUUUUUCAUAUGGUGCUUCACUCCUUGUGGUAUACCAGAGUUCUUCAAAUGGGUGCUUAGGUAUCAAAUGUGAAGAGAUGUAUAUAUAGGUAGCAUAGCAUGUUGCAUAAAUAUUCAUUUCAUCUUUCUUGAUUUCUCAACUGCUAAAACACUUGUGGAUGUAGUUGGUCUUGAAUAAGAUUAUGUUAUUUUUUAGUGGAAUA